UUCUUUUGCACGAACGACUGCGGGAAGGGCGUCCAUUUUGCUUCGCCAUAUUGAAUUUGGUCGGACAUCUUUGGACGCCAUGUUUAGUCGGACAUAUUUUAUAAACAUUUUCGCGUAAUAUUCAAAUAUUUUUCAGUCUAAAUAGUGAACUUUUUUUCACUGAAAACUGUGACAUUGAUUGUAGUGAAUAUUGAACAGGAAAAUUCUGAAUCUACGCAGUAGUCCAUAUCUGUCUCCAGGGGGCCGUCCAGCUUUUGUUACAAGAUAAAUAGAGCAGGUGAAAGGUGGUGCGGUUCAAGAUGAUGAACCAGGAGAUUAUGUGCGAGGUGGAGAUCGGCACGCACGGCUCCAUGGUUGAGAUCGAUGGGGAUGACCAGGUCGGAGUCAAGUAUGAAGAGAUAGAAGCAGCUCAAUAUGAGGAGUACAUAACGGAUGAUCAAUAUGAAGAAGUGGAAGAACAAGUCAUUGGUAUGCAGCAUUUGGAGGAAGAUUACAAAAUUGCAGUUGGCAGUGAGGAGGUGAUACUGCCCGGUAUAUCUGGCGAGGAGGUGUUGAACCCUAACGAGAACCCGUACGACCCGAUAUACCAAACCCCGCCAUCUAGCAGCAGAAGAGGUCGAGGCAGACCCCGUGCCAAUGCUAACAUAGCAAACAAUAUUCACCAUCUGAUGCCCAUUGGCGAGGUGCCCAUGGGCCUAAUGGAGGGAGUGGGCACUAACCGCGGCACAGCGCGCCGGUGGGAACAGAAACAAGUACAGAUCAAGACUAUGGAGGGCGAGUUCUCAGUUACUAUGUGGGCUACUGGUGAAGAUGAUGAUGAUGGUUCAAACCCUGAGCCCGAUCCAGACUACACGGAGUACAUGACUGGAAAGAAAAAUAUAUUAGGCAGUGAAACUAUGCCAGGUCUAGACUUGUCAGAUCCCAAGCAGUUAGCGGAAUUCGCCAGGCCCGGUCAUAAGAUACGGUUAAAGAAGCCUUCACCAGAAUCAUCUGAUAGAACUAUAGCAUGUCCACACAAGGGCUGCACGAAAAUGUUCCGUGAUAACUCCGCCAUGCGCAAACAUCUACACACACACGGACCGCGAGUGCAUGUGUGCGCCGAGUGUGGUAAGGCAUUUGUAGAGAGUUCCAAGUUAAAACGUCACCAGUUGGUGCAUACUGGAGAGAAGCCAUUCCAGUGCACGUUUGAGGGGUGCGGCAAGAGGUUCUCAUUGGACUUCAACCUCAGAACCCAUGUUCGUAUUCACACCGGGGACCGUCCAUACGUUUGCCCGUUCGAUGGGUGCAACAAGAAAUUCGCACAGUCCACCAACCUCAAGUCGCACAUACUCACACACGCUAAAGCCAAAUCUAGAAGUUCCCUAUCACGCAACAGCGGCAAUAAUUACGAAUCGGCGCGAACGACACCACAAUUCGUACAGCUAGAGAUGUCACCUGACGACUCUAACCCCCAGCUCAUCUUCUACGCACAUGACUGAAGUUCCGCACAGCUCGCCACUAUCGCCACGUCCACCACGCUCACCAAGCAUCUUUACACCAAUACUCGGGGGCUGGUACGAGUGUUGUGACGUAUCGUGCGAUGACGCUCUAGUGUAGUGCUAAUUAAAAUUGUGAAUGCGAGACUCGAAUAGCAAGACUCUGAUGCAGAUUUGCAAGACUGGUGAUUGAUAGUAACAUAGUGUUAUAAUUUUGUAGUUGUUUUAGUGUAAAUUGGAUGUGACCAAAGUUGGAGUAAUUAGAUAGAAUAACGAACGCCAUUUUCUUUAUUAGAGACAGUAUUUUCUCUGUCCGCCCAUACCUGUAUAAACUAUGGUACCUUCUGGGCAUUCAAAACAAUGUUUAUGUACUAUGUAUAGUAAUCUCUCUUUAUCUCUGCCAUUUUUCUUAAUAGAUGAAACUUUCAAUAUAUUUUGAAAUAAAAAAAGAACAUGAAAUAAUUAUGUUUUUAGAAAUUCUAAAGCAAAUACAAUAAAAUACAUUAAGUCUUAGAUAUCUACUAGUUGUUUGCUUAGAAACAAACAUGUAGAUGAUUCUAAAUCUGUUCAAACUCAAAUCAUUUUAAUAACUUUUUUUAAACAAUUUUUCAGAAGUUUGAGAGUCUACCGUGAAGUGAAAUUCCGAAUUUUCGGACUUAAUUUCAUGUUUUCGUCGUUCAUACCGUAAUUGGAUCAGUAAAAAGAGCUUAACAUUUCAUUCGUUAUUUUCUUAACAAUAUAUUAACAUUUUAUGAUAAUAGUUCAAAGAAACUUUUUAAUAUUUUUAAAUGGUAAGUAUUAUGUAAUUUUGACAUUAAAUUUGUAUUUCGUUCGGCCCCGAAAUUUUGGAAAAAGUUUUAUGGUAGGCCCUCUGUUUCACGUGCUUACCCAAACUGAAGAUGAGCAAAUUCUCUGACGUGGAUACAUUACUAUACAUAAUAUAAAAAUAAGAAAUAUUGUUUGUUGCUGUAAUUGCAACAAUGACUUAUACUAAUACAAAUUUUUGCACUUGUCUAAAUAUGUUCACCUUAUCAAAACUUGAAAUAAUGUUUAUUGAUUAAAUAUUUUUGUAUACUAGUUGGCAGGGAAGUAUACGAGAGGCCUGAUGAUAAGUGGUAGUUACUGUAGCUUAUAGAUGCCUGCUCCAUGUGACGUAAUACAUGUAACAUACUGUUAAGCAACUGAUCACGCGCUGGGAUGAUGCUAGUCCUAGAUGCUUUAUCACAUGCGCCAAAUAAUGUCCAAUCUUUCCCACAUCUAGAAAUUUGUAUUAUUUUGAUAAUAAAAUCAUUAAAUAUUGUGUGACUUGAGAACUGACUGAACCAAUUUAUCUAUUUUUUAAUAUUUUAAAUAGCCCAAUUAAGAUAAAAAAAUGUAAAUUAACAAUUGUCAUCAUACUUUCAAAUGCAAGAACUUAAUUUCUGUCUACCUAUAUUUCAACUAGAUAUUUCUAAGAACGGCUUAGUAUGAAAUACAGCUUGUUAGGCAUGAGUAAUAUUGUGUAUGUGUGAUAAUGAAGCGCAACUAUAUAUUGGAUUUUAAAUAUAUCCUUACUAUACAUAGGCCUCCCCUAUAGACAACCAUAAGAAACGGUCCUAAGUCACUUGCAUCCACUGGCUCCCUGCAAUUAAUUUGAGGUCGUCUCUCCAACCAGUAGGGGUUCAUUAGACACUGUAUUUGCCCAUAUAGGGGUAUUCUAAACUGUAUUUGCCCGUACUGGGUCGCUACUCAAGAACUUUUUUUCACAAUUGGUCUUUGAGUUAUAUAACCAGCCCAUAAGGGCAUAUCGCUAUGCUCGAAGUUUCUUUGUGUAACUGAAAUGAGGACAUCUGAAAUAACCAAAGUGACCAAUAUAGCCUGAAGGAUAAGCAAGCUAAAGUAGCAAUUGUGGGUAAAAGUUGCUAAAUAUAUAAAAAAAGAUUGACAAAUAUUUAAUUUAUAAUAUAUGUCGCCCUCCACUUGCUUGUUACGUGUAUUAUGUCAAUGAUUUUUUUAAUGAAUAAAAAUGGAAUGGUAAUUUCGCCGAUAAUGAUUUAUGUUGGCGAGAUACCAAUGAUGAGUGUUGAAUGAGGAUGAAGUCAGGUACAGGGUACUAUUACUGGCAAUGGAGCUAUGCUAAUGGUAUGCAUUUCAUCUAAGUUAUUAGUGGCCCUAUAGAUUUAUAAAUCUUCAACUAAAAAAGAAAUGGUCAAAAUUCCUAAACACUAGGUUUAAAUACCUGAGAAUGUACGCUUGAAUAACCUGUAAAUUUUGUACUAUAAUUUAUAGAUAUGCCAAAAAAUAACAAUUGUAAUAUAUAAGUUGAAAUAACGUUAAGUAAGGAGAAUGCAUAAUCUUAUGUGUAACUAAAAGAAAAAUAUGUGGCUUUGAGCCUAAUAUUCAAUUAAAUCAUAACAGAUUUUUAUUUUCAGUAUUGCUUUCUUCAUUAUUCUAGUAAAUUGAAUUAUUUGUUUCAAUGAACUUUUAUUACUAACGUAAGUGUAAUGUGUCCUGGGACCUUUUCUUCCUUUACAUGUUUAUUUUCAAGUUAUCUUAUGUAAGCAAUAUCAUAUCCCAACAGUAAAAUUGAAGAUAACCUUCUGAAAUUACAGUAAAAUCGCAAUUUUAUUUAAUUAAUAAUUUACAUAGUGAUUAAAAUAAUUUGAUUUUGAAAAGGUUGAGCUUAUAUUCAAUCUGUCAUUAACCAAAUGUGUAUGAAGUAACUUCGUAUGGUUUAAAGAUGUCGCGUAUUUUUUGAACUGACCACUGUUUAUUUUACUAUUACUAUUAAUAAUAUUUGCCAUAAGUAAUAUCGAAAUCAAGAUAUUUGAGUUUAAAAUUCUACAAAUCUGUACAUAGUACUGAGAAUUUUAAACUUUAAUAUCUUAUAAAUCGAUAAUUUUACCUAUAUUCUUUCAUUACUUUAAACAUAACCUAAUUUUUUUUUUAGUUUUACUCAAAUUUAUAUAAAAUUAAUAAAUGUUCCUUUAUAAAAUGAUCAUACCAAAAAAGGUAUGUUUAUACCGUCAUCGUCAUUACGACGAAAAUGUUUUAGUCUCACUAAUAUGCAUUCUCCUUUAGUGCGCACAUGGAAAAAUUUGGUAAAACCUAAGAAUUUUUCAAACAUAUUAAUACCAUAUUUUUCUGAACUCACUGGCAUUUCUAAUUGUGUAAUCAGUAGCAGCUUGUUAACCCCCAAGGAGUUAACAUUACACCAUAUCUCUGCAUCUCAUAGUUUGAAAAACGAUGUCAGUGCUAUUUUACCAUUGCAACCAAUAUUUUCCAUAUGUGCAUUAUUAAUUUUCUUUUUUAGGGCAUAUUAAGAGAAUUGACGAUGUUACUCGUCACAAACAUAAAGUUUUGUAAUGACUGAUGUAUAUAUUAUGUUUGUUUUUCAUGGAAAUUUAGCUGUAUUGCAUUAUUUAUAUUGAAAACAUAUAUUGCUUUUUAAAAUUUGUUUUUAAAGGCCCUCUUGACUAAGAAUUGCAAUAUUAUGAUCUUUUUUUUUUAAACAUACUUUUUUUAUAUGUUACAUCACUCCAAUAAAAAUUGUCAGUAUAUGUCUUUUUUUUCUAAUAUUAUUUUUUUUAAACGUAUCAACUACCAAAGGAUCAAUUUCAUUACUAAAAUUGUUAUUAAAAUAAAUGUUUUCUGCUAAUUGGUGUUGUAAACAAAUGUAUAAAUAAUUUAUGUUCUGAAACAUUGGAUGGUACAUGUUAGUUUAAGUAAAGAGGAGACACAGAGAACAUAAAAUUCCAAUUAUAAAAAAAGACUUCAAUAUACAAUCAACGCCUUUUAAGUAAAUUACCAUGAAAUUGCAUGAUACAAACCUUAUUUAUAUACAUAUAUUUUCAUUCAUCUGUUUCUAUGUAAUAUACAUAAAUUAAAUUUGUAUAUAUAUAUAUAUAUAUAUAUA